AUAAAAUAAAAACUAACACCUAGAUAAAUUUAUUGAAUCGUUUGCAGUCAAGUAAUUCUAUUCGUUUUGUUUGCAAACCAGCUACGUUCUUUAAGUGUUCUUGUCUACAGAUGAUUGUUAAGUGUUUCGCUGAUUCUUGAAAGGUGUACCUUCAGAAAUGAUUCACAGUGUUUGGAAAAAUGUUUUUCUAUUUAUCGCAUUCAGCGUGAUCGUCAACACCUCUCAUGGAGCUCCUAAUAAAAUAUCCAAUAACUUGAAAAAGUUAGCAAUAGCUAAUAAUGAUCUUGGUCUGAAACUUUACCAGAUACUAGUCAAAGAUACACCUGGGAAUGUUUUCUUUUCUCCAUUUAGUUUAUCAAAUGCUAUGGGGAUGCUCUUUGAUGGAGCUGAAGGAAAUACUGCUAAACAACUCAGGUCAGUCCUAGGAUAUGACGCGGCUAAUCUGCGCAGUGGGGAAGUUCCAUCGGCAUUUAAUGAAUACCUAAACCAAGUUCUUCUUACAAACAAGCAAAGAAAACCAGACUACGUUUUAAAUCUCGCAAACGAAUUGCUAGUAUCCAGUAACUAUGACGUGAGUUCUAAUUAUAAGAAAGAUGUUCAAGAACAAUAUCAUGCAAGCAUUAAGGAAGUCAAUUUUGAGAAAAAUUCUGCUCAAAUUGUAAAUGAUGUAAAUAGUUGGGUAAGUAAACAAACUCACGGCAAAAUUGAUAAACUGUUAAGUGAUUUAGACCCUUCAACAGCAUUGCUCAUACUAAAUGCGAUUUAUUUCAAAGGCAACUGGAAAAUUUAUUUCGAUCAAAAAAAGACAAAACAACAAAAGUUUUACAAUGAUGGCUUGGAUUCUAAAGCAAAGGAAGUUCCCUUGAUGCACAUGACCGCAAAGCUGCCUUAUGCCUCAGUUGAUGACAUAAAAGCCCUGGAAUUGCCAUACAAAGGAGAUAAUAUCAGCAUGAUAAUUCUUUUACCGGAAGAACAUAAUGGACUCAAAAGUCUUGAAGACAGUAUUACUCAAGAAAAAUUCUUACACAUACAGAAACAACUGCGUACAAGUAAAGUAAUAAUUACGUUCCCGAAGUUCAAAGUUGAAUACAAACGAGAAAUGGUACCAGACUUCAAGGAAUUGGGCGCAAAAGACGUCUUGACCCCUGGACAGGCAGACUUGUCGGGUAUAGCCCCAACGAAUAUGCUUUAUGUCAAUAGAAUUAUCCAUAAAGCAGCUAUUGAAGUAAAUGAAGAAGGAAGCGAAGCGGCAGCUGCCACAGGUAUUGGACUUGUACCUUUUUCAUUACCUUUAGCACCGCCUCCACCUCCACCAGAGUUCACAGCGGAUCACCCUUUCAUGUAUGCCAUUACAGAUAAAAGGAAUGGUAUGAUAUUGUUUUUAGGCCGUGUGACUGAAUUAUGAACAAUGCUUUUUUUUUUAAAUAAAGAACGUACUUGGUUCA